AGUCAUUCACUCUGUGUGUGUUCACUACACUGAGGAUCCUCACACUGAUGAAAGGCUGACCAAAGACAAGCCUCCUCAUCAUCCAGCUGCCUGUCAGACUGUCAGCUGAGCCUCAGCCAGGAAAAGAAGAAGGAAAACACCAAGUAGUAUAAGGAAGAAGACAGACCUGGAUAAGCAGAGUAGAAGAAGAAGUGUGUUCAAGAUGAUCCUGUUGGCUGCCCUGCUGAUGUCUCACUUUUGCUGGAGUCUAGCUGCAGCAGAAAGCACAGAACUGGAGAGGAUUGCCAGAUGUGACACGAGGUGUUCUCAGGGACUUCAGUGCAAAGCCAAACAAAGCAUAGGUUGGUUUCAUCCGCCGUGUCAGAACCCUUCUGAAGAUCUCAACACCACCUCAGUACUCCACAAUGUCAGCUUCUCCACAGUGAUGAAGUGUGAAGGGAGGCAGAAAUGCUCGCUGCACCUCAGGAUCAAAACAGUUUUACAGCUUACCAAGUCCAUACAUGGUGUGUCUGUCUGCACGGUCACCUCAGGGAUGACUUCAAACUGCCAAAAGUUUAAGUUCUCAAAAGCGUCAAGAGAAAAAAUGUCUGGACUGCAGGUGGAAGUUGAGAAUGACUGCACUCAAGUGUUUCCGAGUCAACAAGUGCAAGUUACGGUGGAAACUGCACCAAACUACUGUGGCUUAACCUGGACCGGCAGCUACCAAGCUCCAGGAUGCAUCAGUGAGGAUUUGAGAAGACAUGUCCCAGACUGCAUCACUGGUAGGCUAUCGUAUAAUAACAUCCCGGAGAGGAAAGAGCUGAGCGUCAAAGUGUCAGACAUGCUUGAAGGUCACGACUACAACGUCCGUUUGUGCUAUAAGAACUUCAUCUGCAUUGGCGCAGGAGCCCCUACGCUGAUAAAGAAGGAGCAGCCCAUAAAGAGCGUCACACUCGCGUACUCUCGACCUUUGCCCUGCCUCUGCAUUGAGGGCUGGUCAGCAGUGAUGGACGCCCCCAGAGUUCAGCUCUGCCCAUUCAAAGACCGUCUGGAGGAACUGUGGUCUGGAAUUACCUUCGACCCGCUGGAGGAGACUCUUCUAUGGGACCCUUCUUGUCCAAUCACUGCUGUGGCUGCAUUGUGCCAGAAACGAGAGGACGGGGUCUGCUUGGAUCUGCCUCAAUCCUCCCAGAAUGUCAGCAGUGAGAAGGUAACAUUUUCCAAAGUGGAUCCACACCCUCAACUAUGCGUGAAGUUUACUAUAGACUCUCAAUCCUGGACCAGGUGCCCUUUUGCUGAUGGGAGAUUCCAAGCGUGGGAGAUUUCUGUGACAACACAACAGGGGCACAGAGAAAUGAAGAUGUCAUCAAAGAUCAAUGCAACGUUUUCUGUGGGGCUGUGUGUGAAGUCUGAAGGCUCAUCUGAGUGUCACGCUACUGAAACACAGUCUGUGCAUGUAGAGAAACACAAAGGUGUUGACUUGAAGGUGGCAGGGGAACUGUGCGACUAUUGCCUCCAGGUCAAGAGGGUUGAUGUGAAGCAUGCUGUCACAGUCAUUCACUGUCCUAAGCAGUGUGAUCAACCACAUGCCAGACCUGUCGUCGCCAGUCAAGCCUCUUUGGACUUGACCUGGGUUGUUCUUCCAGUUGGCGUUUGCCUCUCUGGCAUCAUAAUCAUCACUCUGGUGCUCCAUGUGAUGCUAACAGUGUAUCAGAGGAGGAAGCAAAAAAGAAAUGGAGCCUGUACUUCCAAAAAGCAAAUGGUUCCUGAUCCUGACUGUGCUGUCUCUGCAUUACAAACUCAAUCUAUCCUCCAUGAAGGGGUCCUUAUACCGGAUUCACCACAGUGUAAAAACAACGAGAAGGCCAACCUCAUCUCUAAAUGACCAAACAACAGUGCAAUGGUCUUACUUGCUUUUGUGCAGUAAAAAGAUGUUACAAAAAACAAGAAGUUCUCUGCUGCAUAAAGUAUAUAUUACUGAGAUAUUUCAAAUGUUUGUAUCUUAUUGUUGAUGUGCUGGCUGGUAUGCUUGUUGGAGUUAUUCGCUGUUUAUCUAUUUUGUGUGGUGUUAUCUGUUCAGUAACACAUAUGUGAAGUUAAAAUAUUAUUUCAUCUUGCAGCUAAAGAGUUCCCGUCCUAAUUUAAAUGUGUGUUUUUUCAAUAAAAAAUACAAAACAUGAAACAAAAAAA